AAAAAAAUAUUUCGAAAUGGAAGGGUGAAAAUGUUUAACAUAUUCGUUAAGUUAUAUAAAAUAUUCUUCCUAUAAUAUGAAAAAUAUUCAGUGUUAAAAAUAAUUGAUUAAACAAACACCAUAUAUGUAUUUUUCAGUUAAAAUCUGAAAAAGUUUUUAGGAAAUCAAUCAAUUAUGAAAAUAAGAGAUCCUUUAUAAUUAAUUAUUUGUUACACAUUGUGAUUAAAUUAUACAAUAUAAGUAAUAAAUAUUUUAUUCACUUAUGGAUAUAAAAGAAGAGAACAUAAUGGAAGAGGAAGAAUUCAGUUUGGAGUGGGAAGAUAACAAGCAAAAUAUUGUAACAACGGAAGAAGUGAUUUGUGGACUAGACAAUGUUCAAAAUGAAUCUUAUGAAAACUUGACGGAAGAAAUUAUUGCAGACACUGAUCAAAUGGCUGCUGAGAAUUUGAUGUACUUGUCACAGGAUGUUGUUAGUUAUACGGAUAGCGCUGAACUCGCUGUCGAUCCGAGUGUUGAGUGUGUUACUGAAGAAGUCAUCACCGAUGACUGGGUCAUAACGGGAGGACAGGAAAGAGUUGAAGUCCCUUUAGAACACUUAGCAAAUCCAGUGCAGAAUGUGAAAAUUGAAAAUGACAUAGAUGUCCCAUUACCAACCGACCAAGAUGAAUACACAGCUAUGCGACCAUGGCCUUGCGACUUCUGCUCUCGUCGUUUCCGCAAGAAGGCAGCUCUCAUGAACCACAUGGUCGCCCAUCAGAAUGACCGACCUCAUUCAUGCAACCUGUGUGGGGUGCGGUACGUCAGGAAGUGUGACUUGAUGAACCAUCUCAAAGUACACGCCUUUGUACCUGAUAACACGGACCAUAUGAACUUUGAUGAUGUAUUAAGUAGCAAUCAAGUUAUCAAAAUAAAGAAGAAGAGGGGGCGACGAAAAAAAAAACCCGAACCAGUUGAAGAGAACGGCGUAUGGGAGAACAUGACGUCAGCUCGUACACAGCAAUGGUCGCGCCGGGCUCGUUCUCCUCAGGCGCCGGCCGCCCCACCGCCCGCACCGCUCUCCCCUCAGACUCCCUCCCCGCAGUCGGAGCCCUCCCCUCCCCCCUCUCCCGCUCCUCCUACCCCACCACCUGCCGACCCCUCUAGGCCGUUCGUCUGCAGACAUUGCGGUGUCGGUUUUGCGCGGGAGAAGGCACUGCAAUCGCAUUCAAGGGUUCACGGCGGCGACUCUCCCGUGGAGUGCGGCGAGUGUGGCGAGCUGUGUUGGUCGCGGGAGGCGCUCCGCUCACACGCGGCCUCCAGACAUCCCCACCUGCCGCACGUCACCCGGGCGGCGCCGGCGGUCAACCAACUAUACGAUGACUCCAAUUCCGGUGAUGAUAUGGAUUUCCGCCUGUCACCGCUGCAGAGUGACAGCGACCGUGAGCGCGAGGUGACGAGAGACAGGGCGGAUGUUCGUGGACCGGAACUGUUCUGUGGCGACUGUGGCGUAGCCUUCCAAAGAGCUGACUUAUUACGAAGACACGUGGCCGCCGCUCACAGCUAUAAACGUCAUGACAGUACGAGUAGCACGUGGGAGCAGGAGCACACGUGUGAGGUGUGUGGAGAGAGUUGUACGGACGCGCUGCAACUACUGGCACAUGCUGAGAGACACGCCGAGAGGCCGAGGAACAACAGAGUUAAAAGGAUGGCGCGAGGAAGGAAUAACGCCUCAAGUAAUUCAAGACAGUUUCCAUGCAGAGAGUGUGGCAAGGUGUUUGGAUCACGUAGUUCCCAGCAAAUCCACGUUCGUAUACACACCGGAGAAAGACCAUACGCGUGUCGCUUCUGUUGGAAAGCUUUCGCAGACGGCGGGACUUUACGAAAACAUGAACGAAUACAUACUGGUGAAAAGCCCUAUGCUUGCGCGGUUUGUCCACGAGCGUUCAAUCAACGUGUCGUACUUCGUGAGCAUGUGAGAUCACAUCACUCCGCGCCUGACAGACGAGCUCAUGGUGGCUACCAAUAUUGUUGUGUGGUGUGUGGCAAACCUCUACAUUCGAGCGCCGAACUUGUUCAACACCUUAUCCAACAUUGUGACGAAAACACGGCAAUGAAAAGGCAGCCCCAGAAUGGGCCGCGUAAAUACAAACGGCGGCGGAAAUUAAAGGUAGAGGAUUCACCUCCGAGUCGGAAUUGGCGAGACACGCCACCGUCACGGUCGCCGUCCCCUGAGGGCUCGCCUUCGAACUCACCGACGCCGUCACGUGGUAGGGCCCCCACGGCUCGGGCUCCACGAGUGCCUCUGCCGGUUGCACCACGACGCAGAAGACGACGGGCGCCGCCUCCGCCCCGCCCUAGGAUGAUUCACACAGAGGAGCCGCGACCACGGACCAAACAAAUUCGUAGUAGAAGACCUCCUCGUCAUCCCGCGGACGACUUGCGUGCGAUCGGCGCUCACUCCCCGUCCCCUACUCCGGCGACCUCGCCCCCCGCGUCUCCGCUCUCCUCACACAUGAACACAAGCGACGGUCCCUUCAAGUGUGAAAUGUGCUCCGAAGAGUUCCCACGCCGCGAUGCCUUACUACUCCACGUGCCCAUACACAUUUGACGUACGAGAAGUCAAACUCUAAGGAGUCGAAAAGCCGCUGAGUCGAUAAAAUCGCGAGCCAAAUAAAUAUUACGAAGCACAUUAAAAGACUGAUACCUCUAGUGAUAUAUGGAUCCCGGAUGGUACUUGUAAUGUUCGUAGUUUAGUUUGGAUCUGCUUCGGGAUAACUGGUAGGACAUUAUCGUGUAUUUAAUUUCCGCGAACAGUCUUCGGUAUCAUUCCUUACUUUGGAUUCCUAGUUAGAGCUAUUUAGUAUUUGUUAGCUGGUUCUGGCAACCAAAGAGUUAGGUAAAUUUAGUAACAGAGUAAAAAGAGAAACGAUAAAUAAAUAGCAACCACCAUGGUGGGACGUUAAAAUUGCAAUUUAAUUUUAUAUUAAUAAGUAAUAUUGAUUGUCAUUUGUGUGUAAAUAUCAAAUAAAUUGUUAUGUAUUGGAAUCCAUAUUCAAAAUUCUUGUAUAUUAUAGUAUGUUGCUACAUUUCCUUGUGCUAUGUUAUCAUGUAUAGAUUGCUUAAUGUCAGACUGUAAUUAGGAUGUUAAAUAUUUAAGCCAGGUGUCAAUUGUCAUAUAUAUAAUUGUAAAUAGAUGUAUUAUAAUAUUAAUAAAAGCCAUUAAAUAAAUUGAAGUGUCAUUUUUAAUAUGAUAUUUUGAAUUGUGUAUAUUAUUGAAUUAUAUGAAUUUUAUAAAUGCAACCAAAUGGUGCAAUAAAUGCUUCUAACUGUAAGAUGCAUAGUAACAUUUACUUACUAAAUUAUACAGAAAAAAAAACAUUAAAGCUGAAAAUAUGCAUAUACAAACGUCAGUUGUAUAAUUUUACUUAUCUAUGUGCUGUUCAUGAUAAGAUUAACAAAAUGUCAAUGAAAUGUUAACUAAAAAUGAUGUUAUUAAAGUAAUAUUAAUUUGA